GGGGAGACGCGCACCCGCGGAGGACGCACGCGAGGGCGGGGUGGAGAGGAUGGAGAGGAGCGGGGGACCCGGAUGCUGAUGCGAUUGAGGCGAAGGAAGAGGAGCGAGAAAAUAUCGAUUUACGGCAAGAAAAGCAAAAGGACCGUCAUAGCGGCCCUCUGUUACUCAGCACGAGACGUGAUCCAGAAACCUAUAGCGAUCAUCCGGAGCAGCGAGCCGCCGGGCCGAUUUCACUUUCACCUCUACAUCUGAGGAGGAGGCGAGGAGGAGCAAGGGAGGAGGCGGAGGAGAGGAGGAGAUGCUGUGAUCGGUCGGAGAGAGCGAGAGGAGGGAGGGAGGGGUGCUACUGGAGGCAUGGUUGUUUUGCAAGGAACGCGUCUUUCCUGUCAAAUGUUCCGAUAAUGCGGCUGUCAGACGAGAGGUUCGGGCUUCGGAGUGGAGGAGGAAUCAUGGGAGGAGAGGAGUGAGUGAGCCGGGGGCGGGGAAAGGGGGCCGGGGGCUCGGUAGCAGAAUGCUGGACCACCAGUAAGCAGGCCAGACCUACCGACACACCGCUCAGAUAUACAUCAUAUCUCUAUAUACCUUCAGUAGGAGUCACCAUGCUAUAAGCCUUACAGCUAAUCUUAUACCAGCCAUAAUAUGCUAUAUCCGAUGUCAAUAAUGCAAAAUAAGCUAAUAUUGCAGAGGCCAAGUUGGACAGUAUUGAGGAUGAAUAUUGAGGUAUUGGAAUAGUUUUAAACCAAUCAGAUCAUUGUGUUCUAAAGUAUCCAAGCUAUCUUAUUAAAUUGUAUUGUAUAACCCAUUCUGUGCAUAUUAUAUAUAUAAAUAAAUAAAUAUAUAUAUAAUAGCCUAGCUCCAGUGUAGGUGGGAGUCCGUGCUAUAAAAGCAGUGAUUCUGACAGCAAGGCAGCAGCAGGUUUAGAUGAGGAAUGUUUUACUGUCGCCUCCCCAAAGCAGUCAACCUGGUCCAGCACUGAUCAUACUAGUAGUCACGGUAGCAUCCUAGGAGCAUCGGUUAGCUCCUCUCCCAGCUUCAGGACCACCCCAGAGGUGGACCGCCGUCCAGCAGGAUGAGCAAGGAGCUGUCGCUGAGCCACACGGCCCAGUAUGUGGGGCCCUACCGCCUGGAGAAGACCCUGGGCAAGGGGCAGACCGGGCUGGUGAAGUUAGGGGUCCACUGUAUCACAGCUCAGAAGGUGGCCAUAAAAAUAGUCAACAGGGAGAAGCUGUCAGAGUCUGUUCUGAUGAAGGUGGAGAGGGAGAUAGCCAUCCUGAAGCUGAUAGAACAUCCUCAUGUGCUGAAACUGCAUGAUGUCUACGAGAACAACAGAUACCUGUACCUGGUGUUGGAGCAUGUUUCCGGUGGAGAGCUGUUUGACUACCUGGUGAAGAAGGGGCGGUUGACUCCUAAAGAAGCCAGGAGGUUCUUCAGACAGAUUAUCUCCGCCCUCGACUUCUGUCACAACCACUCUAUCUGUCACAGGGACUUGAAGCCAGAGAACCUGCUCCUGGAUGAGAAGAACAACAUCCGCAUCGCUGACUUCGGCAUGGCCUCUCUACAGGUUGGGGACCGGCUGCUGGAGACCAGCUGUGGGUCUCCACACUACGCUUGUCCGGAAGUGAUUAGGGGGGAGAAGUAUGACGGUCGGAGAGCAGAUGUGUGGAGCUGUGGUGUGAUUCUCUUCGCUCUGCUGGUGGGUGCCCUACCAUUCGACCAUGACAACCUUCGCCAGCUGCUGGAGAAGGUUAAGAGCGGGGUGUUCCACGUUCCCCACUUCAUCCCCCCAGACUGCCAGGGGCUGCUGAAGGGGAUGAUCGAGGUGGACCCUGACAAGAGACUCACGCUAGAGGUCAUCCAGAAACACGCCUGGUACAUUGGGGGUCGUAACGAGCCCUGUCCGGAGCAGCCCCCGCCUCGCCGGCUCUGCGUGGGCCGCGUCCCGGAGCGCUGUGACCUGGACCCGGACGUCCUGGACAGCAUGCACUCUCUGGGCUGCUUCAGGGACCGGGAGCAGCUCACCAGGGACCUCACCAGCCUCGAGGAGAACCAGGAGAAGAUGAUCUACUUCCUACUGCUGGACAGGAAGGAGCGCUACCCGAGCUACGAAGACGAGGACCUGCCACUGCGCAACGACGCGGGUCCGUCAGCAGCAGACCCUCCCAGGAAGCGGGUGGACUCCCCCCUGCUGAGUCGUCACGGGCGAUGUCGUCCGGAGAGGAAGAGUCUGGAGGUGCUGAGUGUCACCGAGCAGGGGUCUCCCACCCCGCCACGCAGGGGCCUGGACACCGCCGCACACAGCCAGAGAUCUCGUUCCGUCAGCGGAGCGUCGACCGGCCUGUCUUCCAGCCCCCUCAGCAGCCCCCGGUCCUACCAGAGCCCCAUCUUCACUUUCAGCCAAUCAGACGUCACUUCCAGCUCCAUCUCGGCCAAUCCCGUCACCAAGGAGUCCAAGCCAGGAGGUGGCGCUCCGCCUCGCCCACCCCGGCCUCACGAACGCCAUCUCCACCCCCCCCACAGCCCCAAGACCCACCCCCUCCCCACCAAGACCCCCUGCAGCCGGCUGCACCCCAACAAGUCCCUCCCCCUGCACUCCCCCUGCUCCCCCUCCCCCUCGCCCCUGCACUCCCCCCUCCCUCGUUUCUUCUUCUUCCCCUCCUCUUCCUCCAUCCUCAAGUCGGUGACUAAGGGCCUGUGUCCCCCCUCUGCCCCCCCCUCGCAGGUGACCCCCCAGGGCUCGCCCCUCCCCACCCCCCUGGGCACCCCCCAGCACCACCCCCACCCCCACCACCCCUCCUCCUCCAACCCCCCCUCCUCCUCCUCCUCCUCCUCCUCCUCGCGGGCAGAAGGGGGCGGGGGCGUGGGCUCGCUGUCCCUGACCCCGCCCAGCAGCCCCGGGGGGGGCGGCGGCCUGGCGGCCAGUAGCUCCGCCCACUGGAGGACACGCCUCAACUCCUUCAAGAACAACCUGCUGGGAUCGCCGCGCUUCCACCGCCGCAAGAUGCAGGUUCCAACAUCGGAGGAUAUGUCCAGUCUGACACCAGAGUCCAGCCCAGAACUGGCUAAGCGGUCAUGGUUCGGGAACUUCAUCAGUUUGGAGAAAGAGGAGCAGAUGUUUGUGGUGAUCAGAGACAAACCACUGAGCUCCGUCAAGGCUGACAUCGUCCACGCCUUCCUGUCUAUCCCGGCCCUCAGCCACAGCGUUCUCUCCCAGACCUGCUUCAGGGCCGAGUACAAGUCCUCCGGGGGUCCCGCCGUCUUCCAGAAACCCGUCAAGUUCCAGGUGGACAUCACCUUCUCCGAGGGAGAGAGGGAGAGAGAGCGGGAGAGGGAGAGGGAGAGAGAGAGAGAGAGGGAGAGGGAGAGAGACAAGGAGAGGGACAGAGACAAGGAGAGGGAGAGGGAGAGGGAGAAGGACCGAGAGAGGGAGAGAGAGAGGGAGAGAGAGAGAGACAGGGAGCGAGAGAGAGACAGGGAGCGGGAGAGAGACAGGGAGAGAGAGGGCAGGAGGGACUCGGGCAUCUACAGCGUGACCUUCACUCUCAUAUCAGGUCCCAGCCGCAGGUUCAAGAGAAUAGUGGAGACCAUCCAGGCUCAACUCCUCAGCUACCAUGAUCAACCAAUGGUCCACACUCUCUCUGAUGAGAAGAACGGCCGCCCCCACGGCACGCCCACCCGGCAGAACUCCCGGCGCUCGGAGGGGGGCGGGGACCGCUGUGAUUGGGGGGACCGCGGCGAGGGGGGUGUGAUCGGGGGCAGCGGGGGGGUCCUGCAGCGGCGGGGGUCUGCGAAGGAGAGGACACGCCUGCUUUCGUCCAACGGAACGCAGUCUCAGCCCUAGGAAACAGGAAGUCCUGCCUCCCGUCCCCGACAGCAAGCCCAGGCAACAAACUACACAUCACAGCCCAGAACUACACCUCCCAGAGUCCCUCAAACCACAAUCUGUCUCCUGCUCCUCCUCCACCUCGCAACAGACGCGGGGCUACAGCUAGCUAGCCUUCUGUGAGCUGGCCUUUAGCGAGCUAGCCUUUAGCACUUUUCAGUUUUCUUUUGCGUUAAUUGGCCAGAUCUCUGGGACCCCAGGAUGAACCAAAACUCUUUCAACGUUGUUCGAACAUAUACCACGAAGAUCGCUGUCCAUCUUAGUUAAAGCAUCACUUAACCAGUCGGGGGGAGUUAAUGUGUAAACGUGCAUGACAGUUAGCAGUUAGCAUCAGCCUGCUAAUGGACGCUAGCACACUCAGAUAGCCUAGCCUUCCAUUUCAUUGCAAUAUGGUAUCCUAAACCAAAAAACACUGAUCCUUGUGGUGGUUCCUUCAAGACUUAUCUUAAGAAUAUCAGCCCCGUCCUUACCCUGUCAUCCAGCUUUAACUAGGAAUUGUCUGUUGGGAGUUGUACAACGUUAUGGAUCUUCUGUCUUGUCCCUGAAUGACCAGCUCUACAGGAACCAUGCCAAGCUAUGUGAAUGUUCAAAAGUAUUUUUUUAUUUAGUUUAGUCUGAGAUGAUAUAUUUGUUUUGGGAAGAUCAUCCUUUUGAGAAAUGAGCAGUGUUGGGGAGACAGACAGCAGAGAGAACCGGUGGAAAUGUUGCUAUACGUUUCAGAGACGUUCCCAUACGACACAUACAUUAUGUUUGUUUCAUGCCGCCUGGCUCUGAUGAUGAAGAGAUUUGUAAACAACAGCGUACUGCACAUCAGGAGGGGAACCGGUCCAGAAGCUCCUGUAGAUGAAACUAGACAGCCUGACAGGACAUUAAAGACCUUCUGGAGUCGAGCCACGAACACUAACACCUCUGUUUGAAACUGGACAUCAGAUCCCCCUCUUCCCCCCCGCUAUGGUUUGGCCCCGCCCAUGACGCCCUGUCACUAUGGUUACCAAGGGAAGCUGUCAUGCGUUAGUGAUGUGUUUUCAACCAAUCAGAACUCCUCAGCUGUCUUCCACGCGGCACAAUAUGCAACACAGCAAGACGUUUCCACAGGGGGUAACAAUACUGAUCAAAUUUAUAUUAUUUAUUUAAACUAUUUAUUUAUUUUAUUUAUUACACAGAUUUAUUUAUUUCACUUAUUUAUUUAUUUCACUUGUUUUUUAGUACUUUUUUUGAGGUGUGUUUUAUUAUGAGUAGCCUUGUGAACGUGAACGUUUUUUCUGCCUCGUUGAAAAUCUUUCCAGAAGUGAAAGAAAGUCUGUUUGGCUCAUCUGUCUGUCUGCUUAACCUGUCUCAUUCACCUGUCUGUCCGACUCACCUGCACUCAGUCUGAUUGCUAACCUUCCUUAUCUUUACCACCAUCAUCACCAUUACCAUCAUCAUCAUCACCGCCACCAUCAUCACCGUUACAUGGCUCAACUCUAAGAUUGUAAACUAUUCUUUGUUCCCGCGGUUGAGUACAAUAAGGUGGUAAACAGAAGUCUGUAUCAUCAUUUAAAUUUUAAAGUGCACUAUUAUAACUAUUGCCUGUGAUUUAAAGAACAAUUAUGGUUGACUUUAUGGUGUAAAAAAAAGAUUUGCCGUAUUGUCAUGGCUAUGAAAUAAACUCCAUAAUAAUGUU